AUGGAACCGCCACUCACCACGAUGAACAACCACCCUCUCGAUCAACUAGAUGCUAAUGUCCCUGACAAGGGCAGCUCCGACCCCACUCAACCUCUUCCCAGGAAGCGCGAUAAGUUCCUCGACUUUUUACAUAUUCCCAGAUCCUUGCCAAAAGUCAAGGCCAAACACUCGACCCAAUCAUUGAAAUCUCUGUCUCUCUCUCAGCAGACCGCUAAGUCCUCUAUCGCUUGUCAGGUCGACAACCUCCAGGGCAAACCUUCAUCACUGGCGCCAGAUGAGGAUUGGCUCCGCUCAGUCAUCUUCCCAGAGAAUGUCGCCAAACCCACUGUCAAGACUGCAUUGCCUGGCCUCCAGGACCGCAUUGAAAGGACUGACCAAUUGCUCUAUUGCAACAUGCUUCUUCGCCAGGAUUCAAUCAUCUCUUCGUCGUCAGAUGCAGGAGAAAUGAGGGCGACUGAUCACCCCGCCAUUACUCCCCAGGCGUCCGCUCUCGACAAGGGUGAACAAAACUGGCUGACAGAGGUCAAGGAAGACCUAAUGAGGCAGGAUCGUAUGGAAUGGCUCGUUACCAAGAUGGUCGAGGCGUUCAUCGCGGACGCCACCAAGGACCUGACUAAAGUUGCCGAAAUUGUCGCCCUUGGACCUGUUUUGCAGAGAGAACCCUACCGCAAGCUACUGUCUGCGUUCAUCCGUGACUUUGACGAUUCUCACAUUCUGGACGUCAACCUGCUCCAAGGACUUGUCCAGCUAGUCCAGUCUGCCUCGCCUGGGUUUCUCGUUUCUGACGAUUUGGUCAAGGUCUUCAGCCUCCUUAGGACCCAUUUGGAGGGAACACACCAGCACUCGUCUGAGCACCUCUGCCAUCUCACAUUGGCUGUCUCCAAGAUCCUCGAUGUCAUGGCUGACCACAAGGUACAGGAUUUGGACCGAGUCAUGGAACACGAGCCACUGUCUGGCGUACUGUCAGGACUGAGGAACAGCUCUGAUCCCUACUUGAUGUAUCAGGCUUGCUACGCUUUCCAAGCGCUUCAGUAUGUCCCUGAUGAUGAGACUGUUCUUCAGGCAUUAUUGAGGCACUCGGCUGGUGUUGUGGAUGGCUUGGUCAAGGUCACGAGUGUCCUCAAGUUAGAUUUGGGGUCGGUUCUAGAAGGACUGGAAAAGUUGCAGGAGGUGGCGGUCAGUGCGAUUGGGAUCGCUGCUACUGUCUACGAAGGCGUGGGAUCGCUGCGUGAAAGCGGUCGAGGAGUCUUAGAAAGUCUGAAGGAAGGCCUUGGGUCUGGUCAGAAGAGGCUAUGGUAUCCUGCCAUCCGCGCCGCGAAUGCUUUUUUCCAGGCCGGUCAGUUGAAGGAUCUGAAGCAGCUGAUCUACGAGGCACCCUGUCGCCAGGAUCCCUUGUUCCAGUGGGGUAUUUGCCAGCUCUUGGGCGAGAUUGCGGUCGACAAUGCAUGGGCUGUUACCGCACGCCAGCAAGCCGUUGACCUCUUUGGUCAUCUCUACAAGGAAGAUCAGGAAUGGGGUCGUGAUGAGAGUGUCAAGGCAUUUAUGGUGACCAUCCUCGACAAGCUAGGAUCCACCUCUGACCAAGCCGUCAACCAACACGCCAUUGCCUUGUCCCAGGAACUCGACCUGGGCAACACUCCUAGGACACAGCACCCUUACCCACUGAGAUCCCGUCUCCCAAUCCCAGAGUCAUCUCCGAUCCUUGCCAAGGUCCAGAUGAUCCCUUAUAUGGAGUACGAACUCUACAAGCUCCGAAUGCAGCGGCUCAACGAUGCCAAACUAUCCAUCUAUAUCUCUCCCAUGGCCAAAGCCAACCUUCAAGCUCAGGACAACGAGGUCUUUCCACUCAUGGAAAAGAUGCAGGAAUUCUUGAUCAGUGACCGCCAGGUCAUGUUGAUCCUAGGAGAUUCUGGAGCUGGCAAGUCGACCUUCAACAAACAUCUCGAGCAUCGACUUUGGUUAGAGUACAAGCGCGGCGGGCCUAUUCCGCUCUUCAUCAACCUCCCAGCUCUCGAGAGGUCGGCCAAAGAUCUGAUGGCUGAGCAAUUGAGGGAGCACAACUUUUUGGAGGAGCAGAUCCAGGAACUGAAGCAACAUCGACAGUUCAUCGUCAUCUGCGAUGGAUACGACGAGAGCCAACUCACCGUCAACAUUCACAACUCCAACGGCUUGAACACCUCUGGACAGUGGAAUGUCAAGCUUGUCAUCAGUUGCAGGAGUCAGUACCUUGGCCAAGACUACCGCGACCAGUUUGUUCCCCAUGGAGGUGGUCACUACAACCUCCCUGGCGUCGAUCUGUUCCAACAGGCUAUCAUCGCCCCUUUUUCGACAGAGCAGAUCAAGGAUUAUGUCGAGCAAUAUGUUCCCCUUGAGCCAAGGACCUGGCUCACAGAGGACUACAUGAACAAGCUGACGACCAUCCCAAACCUCAUGGACCUUGUCAAGAAUCCGUUCCUGCUCUCACUAGCGCUGGAGGCACUGCCAGGGGUCGUUGAAGGCAAGCAGGAUCUGUCAGCUAUCAAGAUCACCCGCGCCCAGCUAUACGACACAUUUGUGGAGCACUGGAGCGAUGUCAAUAAGCGCCGACUUCAAAGCAACAUCUUGUCCACAGAAGAUCGUGCUGUCUUUGAUGACCUUAAGGACGCAGGGUUUACUCCGACAAGCAUUGACUAUUCCACGAGGCUGGCGUUGGCGAUCUUUGAGAAGCAGGGCGGGAAUCCGAUUGUCCAGUAUGUCCACCACAAGGAUAAGGACACGUGGAGAGCGCAGUUCUUUGGAAAGAACCCCGAGGCACGACUCCUACGAGACUCAAGCCCUUUGACCAGAACCGGCAACUUGCACCGCUUCCUUCAUCGUUCCAUGCUUGAGUAUUUCUUCUCGCGUGCUAUCCUUGAUCCAAGCAGUCAUGGCGGCGACGAUGAAUCGACCCCCCAGACAAAUCCUGUCUCGCCUGACGACCAGUUGAUCGACACCAACGGCCCUUUGUUCACGCGUAACCUACUUACCGAGCCUUCUGUGAUCCAGUUCUUGAGCGAUCGCGUGAAGCAGAGUGCCAGGUUCAAGCAGUAUUUCCUAACAAUCGUCGAGCUGUCCAAGUCAAACUCCCAAGCGAGCCGAGCUGCGGCUAACGCCAUUACGAUCCUGGUCCGAGCCGGUGUACGACACAAUGGCGCCGAUCUUCGAGGCAUUCGCAUUCCAGGAGCGGAUCUUACCGGUGGGCAGUUUGAUUCUGCACAACUACAGGAUGCCGACUUGACCGAUGUCAAUCUCUCCAUGGCAUGGAUUCGACAGGCGGAUCUGAGCCGUGCAGUCAUGGGUGGAACUCAAUUUGGAGAACUGCCGUACUUGGAGGAGUCGGAGGGGGUUUCAUCAUGCGCCUUCUCGCCGGACGGCAAGUCUCUCGCGGCAGGUCUGUACAGCGGAGACAUCAGCAUCUAUGACACUGCAACCUGGACAAGGAUUCGAAUGUUUCAAGGGCACCAAAAUCAUGUUUCAAGUCUGGCCUACUCGCCGAACAGCCAACAACUUCUUUCUGGCAGCCCGGACGAAACAGCACGCCUUUGGAACAGCGAGACUGGAUCAACAGAUCUCAUUCUGGAGGAACACUCACGCGGGGUGAGGGCGAUAGCGUUCUCACCAACGGGGCAGCAGGUUGCAACGGUCACUGACUCCUCGAUGACACUCUGGGACGCUCGGACCGGUGUUUCUGUUUUCGUGAUGACCGACGACAUAGUCGCAACCAGCAUUGCCUAUUCACCGGACGGAAAUACCAUUGCCACCGCCAACAUUGGUGGAAAGAUCCGAAUAUUCGACACACUCACCGGAUUGGUUGUGUUGGAGUCUUACAAGGGCGACAGUUGGAUUAAGUGUCUGACAUAUUCACAUGACGGUGGGUGGAUCGCUACAGGCUCCUAUGGCGGCCAGUUACAGUUAUGGAACGUUACAGCGACCACCCUGGGGCUCGGAUGGACAUGGCCGGCGCACACGGCUGGAUUUGACAGCAUCGUAUUUUCACCCGACGACCGUUUGAUCGCGUCAUGCAGUGGGGAUCAUACAGUGAACCUGUGGGACUCUCGGUCCGGCUUAAUUGUCUCGUCAUUUAUAAGCCAUGUGGGCAUUGUCAACUGCGUUCGGUUUUCACCAAAUGGUUCGCAUAUCGCCUCAGCAAGUGACGACAAGACUCUGCGGCUGUGGGAGGUGAACUCGUCUGGACUAGGACUCAACGCUUAUGACUUACCAGAUCCACAGGUCUGUGCGACAUACUCUCUGGACGGACAGCAGCUCAUCACUAGCAGUCAACGGAGACCCAUGCGGCAAUUCAACGCGGAUUCAGGAGACGUCGACUUUGUUUUUCCCGAUCACCUCCACUAUACGACAUGCGUUGCGUUAUCGCCGAACGGUCUUCAGUUAGCCAUCGGCGGCUGGGAGGAGGUGACACUCUGGAACGUUGAAUCCCGCACUGCCUCCUUUGUGCUUAGUGGGCACAAGGGAAGCGUGACGUCUGUGGCCUUCUCACCUUGUGGACGCUGGCUUGCGUCUGGUGGUCACGACACGACAGUGCGGCUUUGGGAUACUCGCUCAGGAGCACCCGGUCAUGUUAUGUUUGGCGAUGGGGGAGAGGUACGGAGUGUUGCUUUUUCUCCGGAUGGUUGCUGGAUUGCAUCGGCAUGCAGUCAAGGAAUUGUCCUACUCUGGGAGGCCGGUACUGGCGAACUAAAGGCAAGAAGGACGGACCAUAGCGAUCAGUACCGUGAGAAUGCUGUCGUUUAUAAACCCGGUUGUCACCAGGUGGCUUCCAGCCUCGGGGAUGGGAACAUUCGAUUAUGGGACGACGAUCAACAACUCCAAGGUUUCCGAUAUAUCUUGAAGCAGGACCGGCGCACCUUUCAGUUUGCGUUCUCGUCCUGCGGCCAGUGGGUAGCAACAGCUCACAGCACCAGUGUUAGACUCUGGAGGCUACCAUCCCUAGAUCAGGAUCAGGAGGCGCCACCGUUACAGGAUCAGGAUUGUGUGUCAGUCAUCGAGGGGUUUACAAGCGAUGUUAACGACGUGGUUUGGAGGCCCAACAAGUUGGAGUUUGCGACGGCAAGUGAUGAAGGAUCGAUCCGUGCCUGGCGGGUGGUGGAAAAUAAGGAUGGGUCAGGAAGAGUUUCAGUUGAUUUGGUGUGGUCCUCUGGGCUUGCUGUGCUAGUCGCCUCUGGUGCCGUUCUCAAUGGUGUUAUUGGUCUCGGUGUGGCGAAUCGUAGGUUGCUCGAGCAGCGCGGCGCUAAAGGAUUGGCUUCACCCAACUAG